AUGCUGAGAGGAGAGAUUCUUAAAGCAUGGCUAAAGAGAUGUGGAAAGAUGAAUAAUGAAGUUUUACCUUCUGCUGCAGAGUGUGAUAAGUGCUGGCAAUGGGCAUUCAGGUGGUCGUCAUCUUUCAUGCAUGGAGGAAAGGAGGAAGCGUGUAUUCCUAGAGAUGUCCCAAAGGGUCAUUUGGUGGUAUAUGUAGGUGAAAGCCAGAGGAGGUUUGUGAUCAAGGUGAAGUUACUAAAACACCCUCUAUUCGGUGCGUUGCUGGAUCAAGCUCGAGAAGAGUACGAGUUUACAGCUGAUUCCAGACUUUAUAUACCCUGCAAUGAGGAGAUCUUUCUUGGUGUAGUUCGGUGUGCCAUGACCCCACGGGAUCGAAGAAUCAUGUUUUGUUUUUGA